AAAAAGCCUCAGGAGAAUAACAGCAGACGGCGAAUGCGAGCGACACUUUCCGUGAUUCGAGUGUUACUUUUUGAACGAGGAAUUUAUAACGGUUUUAUAACGUCAUUAUUUGUGUAAUUAGAACUGUAGAAAGUCGUUCCCCCCCCCCUCCGGCGUGCUCAGGCGGUCGUGGCAGCUCUUCGUGGCGAGUGCGGGGAGGGAGCGCGUUAGCCGCGAUGCUAACGAUCCGAGCUGUGUUACCAUGACGCUUGGACGAGCCCGGAGCUUUAGCUUAGCGCUCGCUUUUUCACCCAAAACACACACUCGCAGCACUCAAGACGCGCACGUGCGCUCCUCGUAACCUCCCGCACACUGCUGGGGAGCAGUAAGAAGGGAGCAGUGCGGCGUCGUGCGCAGAAUAUUAUAGCGAUAAUAACAGUCGGUAGAUCGACAGACUGACUGAGACUGCGCGUGCGAGGAGGACUCGGAGGUCCCGUGAGCUGCGAGCAGCGCGAGGCACAAGCGGGAAAACUCCAGGUGUGGAACGUCAGCUGCCUCCUGACCUGACUUAACCCCAGCCGACGCAGGCGAUCGGUCGUUGGGCUGAUGGUCAAACCUCUGCACGGCCACCUGGUGAAGGAUGCGGAUACCAUGCAGUCCGUAAACAGGAGAGAUGCCAGCCUCUGGCAUCAGACCAAGAGUUUGCUGUACAAGAACCUGCUGAUUAAAUGGAGGACCAAACAGCAGAGUUUGCAGGAGUUGAUCUUACCCCUUCUGCUCCUGGGACUCCUAAUCGCCAUCAGCACCCUGAACCCCCACGUCUACUAUGGGGGCAUCAGUACCAUGGAGCUGGAGAGGGAUGUUUACCCCCACUUCAGGAGUCUGGGAUACACCCCCAUCAAUAACAUCACCAGCCAAAUUAUGGAAGAUGUGGCCCGUGAUCUGCAACUGGAUGCGUUGGAGGUGUUCUCCAGUGAGGAGGAAAUGGAGAAUGCCAGCUUGCAUGAUAUGCCCAGUUUCGCAGGUGUCGUCUUCCUGGACAACAUGUCCUACCGACUCCGCUUUCCCCACAAUGAGCUGCCCCUCCCCAGCGAUUACACGGAGUCUGUCGGCAGCUGCCUUUCAAACACUAUGAACUGCAGGGCAGCAAACUACUGGUACUCUGGCUUUGUUCGCCUCCAGGCACUCAUUGACGCAGCUAUUAUACAGAUGCAGACAAAACGCUCAGUGCGGCGGGAGAUGCGUGACCUGCAUGUGGUUAUGAUGGGCCAGCCCAGUGCUGUGGAGGUGCAGACCUUUCCACACGCCCUCAUCUCCAUCUACUUGGUGCUGGCUUUCACACCUUUUGUCUCCUUCCUCAUUGUCAACGUGGCAGCUGAGAAGGAGCGACGUCUGAAAGACGCUAUGACCAUGAUGGGACUGUAUGACUCUGCCUUCUGGCUUUCCUGGGGGCUGCUAUAUGCUGCCUUGGUAACCACCAUGUCUGUCCUGAUGGCCAUCAUUGCCACCUGCACUGCCCUUUUCCCCAACAGUGAUUUUCUGGUCAUCUUCCUACUCAUCUUCCUCUACGGAAUCUCCUCUAUCUUCUUCUCCUUCAUGCUGACCCCCUUGUUUAAAAAGCCCAAGUUUGCCAGCACAGUCGGCUCCAUGCUCACAGUGGUGUUUGGCUGCCUGUCACUCUUCACAGUUCUGAUGAAGGACUUCCCCCAGGCCCUGGUGUGGGCCCUGUGUCUCCUUUCCCCUAGCGCCUUUUCCAUUGGCAUCGCUCAGGUCGUUUACCUGGAGGCCCAAGGAGAUGGAGCAGUCUUCUCCACCCUGACCAGUGGACCCCACGCCGUCUACGUGCCACUUUUGAUGCUGGUACUAGAUUGCAUACUAUACCUGCUGCUCGCCAUUUACCUGGACCAGGUGCUGCCAGGAGAGUUUGGAAUGCGCCGGUCCUUCCUCUACUUUCUAAAGCCAUCUUACUGGUCAAAAGACAGGAAGCAGUACGUGGAGGUGAGCUCAGUCUUUGAGUUCGAGAUGAACGGCAAGCCCACCCUUGAUGAGUCAGUGGAGCCCAUUUCACCAGAGUUCAGGGGGAAGGAGGCUAUCAGGAUAAGCAACAUCAGGAAGGUUUAUAAAGAGAAGGACAGCAUCGUAGAAGCUCUGAGAGGUUUCACGUUCGACAUCUACGAAGGCCAAAUCACAGCCCUGCUGGGCCACAGCGGAGCGGGGAAGUCCACGCUUUUGAACAUCCUGUGUGGUAUCUGCCCCCCCACUGAUGGCUCGGCCACCAUCUACGGCUCGACAGUGUCGGAAAUCGCCGAGGGAGUGGAGAUGCGACAGCUGGUGGGCAUCUGCCCACAGUUCAACAUCAUGUUUGACGUCCUCACUGUGGAGGAACACCUUCGCAUCUUCGCUGCCAUCAAAGGCAUCCCACAGGCCAACAUUGACGGCGAGGUCACCAAAGUGCUCAAAGACUUAGACCUGGAAAAGAUCAUGGAUGCUCAGGCAAAGAACUUGAGUGGAGGCCAAAAGAGGAAACUGUCAGUUGGCAUUGCCAUCCUGGGGGACCCCAAGAUCCUGCUUCUGGACGAGCCCACUGCAGGCAUGGAUCCCUGCUCCCGUCACCAGGUGUGGUCACUGUUGAAGUCCCGUAGGGCGGGAAGAGUCACUGUGCUCAGCACCCACUACAUGGAUGAGGCUGACAUCCUGGCAGAUCGCAAAGCUGUGAUCUCCCAAGGUCAGCUCAAGUGUGUCGGCUCCUCUCUGUACCUCAAGACAAAGUGUGGUGUUGGCUACCAUCUAAAAAUGUCUGUGAAUGAAGGCUGUGAGGCCGACAACAUCACCUCGCUGGUGAAGCAGCAUGUCCUUGAGGCACAGUUGUCACUACAACAUGAGGCAGAGCUCACAUACACGCUGCCUUUCAAGAGCAUUGACUCAUUUCCAGGCCUCUUCUCCGAGUUGGACUGCCGGCCUGACCUGGGUAUAUCCAACUAUGGGGUUUCCAUGACGACCCUGGAGGACGUCUUCCUGCGCUUGGAAGCGGAAGCGGAGGUGGAUCAAGCAGACUACAGUGUGUUCAAUCAGGAGCACGUGGAGGACGAGGGUGACGCAUCCUCGCAGGAUGACAUCGACCAGAGGCUGCUGACUUUCUCCGAAAGCCGGCAGGAUGCCGUGAUGGGCCACGCCCUGUGGAGGCAGCAGUUUCGCACUGUUGCCUGGCUGCACGUGCUCAACCUGCAACGUGAGAAGAAAGCUAUCAUCUACAACUUGGCACUGUUUGGCAUUUUCCUGGCCUCUGUGCUGGCACUGUCCCUGAUCACAGGAAACAUCCAGAUCCGCGCCCCUGACAGGCAGUUCCUGCCCAUCUAUCUGCUGCGACGCAAUCAGCACCCCGGGAGGUACACCACAAGCCUCCUGGUGCAGAACUCCUCAGGCUCUGACAUUUCUGACUUCAUCCACAACUUGGAGUCUCUGGACAUCAAAGUAGAACUGAUGAAGAACGUGGAUUACAUGGCAGCUGCCCCCCAUAGCGCUGCGAUCAAUGUGACCGAAUCCAGCAAGGGGUAUGAGUACUACCUGGCAUUCAACAGCACUACUGUCCACUCACUGCCCAUGGUGGUAAAUAUCCUGAGCAAUGCCCUUCUCCAUGGCUUGAAUGGCACUGGACAGAUCAAUGCAUGGAGCAAGCCUUUUGACUUUCGAAUCCCAGAUUCUCUGUCCUACGCUCUGGUCUACAUUGAGACAGUGCUACUGGGGAUGCUGACUGCGGGCAUGCCGGCCUACUUUGCCAUGGAUCACACCCGUGACCGAGAGAUAAAGUGCCGCUCAACACUGCGCAUCUCGGGCCUGGUGCCGUCAGCCUACUGGUGUGGCCAGGCAGCUGUGGACAUUCCCUUCUACUACCUCAUUCUGGUCUCAGUGACCAGCACGCUGUUCGCCUUCCACUCCUCUCACCUACUGUACUCCAGCGCUGUCACUGCUGUGACCAUCUGCCUCAUUGGCUAUGGGGCAGCGAUGGUUCUCUUGACCUACGUGGUCUCCUUCAUGUUCACCCGAGUCCAAAGCAACCGGGACUUCUUCUCUGUCGUCUCCAUGAUGUCGUGUGUGAUGUCAGCCUCCGCGGUACAGAUGGCCUUCGUGAACGACAUCCCAGUGUUAGUGCGCAUCCUGCACAAUGCCCUGUGCCUGUUCAACCCCCUGUACCCCCUCAUGGGCUGCCUCAGCUGCAUCACCAAGAUAACCUUCUUGAGCUCCAAUUAUGAAAACGACAGCUUCCUGUGGAGUAAUCUCUUCGUUGCCGUUUUUACGCCCUAUGUGCAGUGCGUUGUUCUGCUCCUGGUGAUCCGCUGGCUGGAGAUCCGCUAUGGUGGCAGGACCAUGAAGACUGACUGCCUGUGCAGGAUCUCCUCCAGCAAGACUAAGGGCAAGGUACAGAAGAACCCCGAGGAGCCAGAAAACGAGGAUGAGGAUGUGCAAGUAGAACGGGCCCGAGUGAAGGAAGCCCUGACCUGCCAGAGCUGUGAGGAGAAACCAGUGGUAGUGGUCAGUGAUCUGAGGAAAGAAUAUAAUGCCCGGAAGGAGGGGUUCACGCUCAACAAGUGGAGGAAGGUAGCAACCAAAAACAUCUCCUUCUGCGUUCGCAAAGGUGAGGUUCUUGGGCUUUUGGGUCCCAAUGGAGCUGGGAAGAGCACCAUUAUGCAUAUGGUGGCUGGAGACGCAGAGCCCACUGCUGGACAGGUACUGAUGGGAGAUUAUAGCACAGAGUACGUCCCGGUGGAGAACCCCCUGGAGCACAUUGGCUACUGUCCGCAGGAGAACCCGCUGUGGCCAAAAAUCACACUCCAAGAACACUUGGAGACUUAUGCUGCCAUCAAGGGACUCCACAAGGAGGAUGUACCUGACAUCAUCAAACGAGUGGUGAAUGCUCUAGAGCUGAGGGAACACCUCCACAAACAGGCCAAGAACCUCUCUGCUGGGAUCAAGAGGAAGUUGUGUUUUGCCCUAAGCAUGCUUGGAAACCCUCAGAUUGUCCUCCUGGAUGAGCCUUCAACUGGGAUGGACCCUAAAUCUAAACAGCGUAUGUGGAGGGCGAUCCGUGCAGCCUUUAAAAACCGCCAGCGGGGCGCAGUUUUGACCACGCACUACAUGGAGGAGGCGGAGGCAGUCUGUGACCGUGUGGCCAUCAUGGUGUCUGGGCAGCUGAGGUGCAUCGGUUCCAUCCAGCACCUGAAGGGGAAGUUCGGCCGCGGAUACAGCUUGGAGGUGAAACUGAGGGAAGAGCUCACAGGGCACCAACAGGAGGCACUGCUGCAGAAGGAGAUCAUGAGAAUCUUUCCACAUGCAGCUCGCCAGGAGAGCUUUGCCACAUUGAUGGUUUACAAGAUUCCCAUGGAGGACGUGAAAUCACUGGCCAAGGCCUUCUCUGACCUUGAGAGCGCAAAGCAAGUGUUUGGCUUUGAGGAGUACAACUUCUCCCAGUGCACCUUAGAGCAGGUCUUCAUGGAAUUUGCAAAAGAGCAGGAGAACGAGGAGGAGGAAGUGGGCUCCCUGAGCACCACCUUCCAGUGGCACAGACUGCAGCAGGAGGGCUCGGUGCCAGUCAACUCCGGAGGCGACAGCGUUGUGCACCAGCUGUGAGGAGCCCGUCCCUCCCCUGAGCCUGGGCUGCGGCACCAUCGCAUUAUUCUCACCCACUUCCUCUGGCCCCAACCUCACUGGACUGAACGAGACCUUCCCCGCAGGGUUGACCUUGGGGGCCCUCCACCUCCCAGUUGUGCUACACGUGGCCUUGGGGUGGAGCUCUUUCUAGGGCUAGGGGACAUGUGCACCCAUGCUCGCUGCACCCUCCCUUUUUUCUGACCUGCACUGAUCAGCUGGGCCUGAGCUGUUUCAGCUGAAUCCUCUCCGACGGCACUUCUGUCAACCUUUUUUUUUUUUUUUAAUUUUCGUAGACAUUGUGAUUUUAAUAAUGCAGCCAACCAGCAUUUUACUAACCUUUCUCGCCUUCCCACGGUUCCUCACAUUCCCCUUUCUCACUUGACUAUUGUGGAGAAGAGAACCCUGUCCAUGGAUAGUGCACUUUUUAACCUUUUCCCCCCUCCUUCAUCUGGAUUUGAGGAUGUUUACUCACCUGGACAUCUUCGGUUUCCCACACACUGGGUUUCACUAACACUGGAUCCUUUCAUGAUAUAACCAAAGUGGCCCAUCUCCAGCUCAUCACCUCACAGUUGCGCCUCCACUUAAUACCGUUUUUAGCGUGUGUAGCAUGGGGACUAUAUCAUUUCUUCAGAGGGGGAUCUUUUGAUUGUUCCAAAUGACAGGGACAUCUAUUGAUGGAGCUCAGAAAGAGCCAUGUAAGGUCACUGCAAGUGCUCAGUUGUGUCUUGAACAUGGGACAAGAGGACACUGUUGGGUCUCGUGUCCUAAAAGUAGGCAGAGUAGUGGAGAAGAGUUUUCCAUUGAGCACUAAGCAGAGACAGAUUUCUACUUUGACUCAAUUUUUUUUCUUUCAUCCUUUCAGCACAGUGAGCUCUUCCUAAAUACCAUGCUUUUGCUUUGAAAGCCUUUGCGUCUGGAAAUGUUGGGGGGGGGGUGUUUACGGGCUGUGCGGUGGCUUGCGUCUCGUUCCUAGUGUAAGUCGGACCACCUGUUACGCACUUGGCAUGACUCUGGCCGCUAUCUUUGAAGCACCUCCAAAGACCCGCGCGUGGGCCUGCCUCACAUGAUGGUUUGAGGCUGGUGGUGCGAAUGCUGUUUGAAUGCAGCGAUGACCUUUAAGGCACUAACGCAUGUAGCACUUAACCUUAAGGAAACUAGGCUACCAAGGUUUUUUUUUUUUUUUUUUUUGAAUAACCAGUUACUUGGUGGACUCUUUAAUAGCGUUUUUUUGUUCAUACUUCACGGGCAAUGUGUGGGGUGCAUGCAGUUGCUUGCAAGGCUACUAGAAAGAUGACACAAGUUGCAGUUGCAUGCAGUACCAUUGUCCUUGAGCCUCAUUUAAGAGGUGGGUUUCCAUCAUUUUGACCCAUUUAAGUUUUUACUAUCUAUUUUGCUUGAGAGGGCAGGGAGGUGGGACAUUCUUGGGUUGGUGGGAUGUCUUUAGGUAGUGCUUUCCUGCGCUGAUUGGCUUCUCUUUGGUUCCCCUACUCUCUCCUUGGGUGUUUUGUUGGAAGAUUCAACAGUUGGAAGCAAGGGUAGCAGGAGUAUUUAAUCUCAGAUACGUGGAGCAUGCUAUGUGCUGAUUCUUCAUCUUUUUUCAGUUAGACACUACAUGGCCAUGCUGUUCUUCACUUUACUAAGUUUGAUUUGUUUUGUGAGACAAUGUUUUAACUGAGCUCACAGCUUUGUUUUCAUUUUUGACAAGAACUAUUUGAGUUGUGGGCUCGACUUUAGACUCUUGCUGACUUCUGAGGGCCCUCUUGAAGUGCAGUUUGAGAAGUGUCACUGGACAAAUGUAGCGGCAGGAAACUUUGUUAUGCGCUCAGUGUUUAACUUGUAUUGGUAGGUUUGGGAAAAUUGUUUACCUAGUGCAGUUUGAACUUGAGCGAGGGGUUGCAAAAACUUGCCAAGGUUAUUUGCUGCAGUUUUUCUCACUGAUCCAAAUGAUAGUUUUGCAUGCUAAUUUCUGAAUUUGUUUCAAGUCUUUUUAAAGUGUUUGGGCCAGGAGGGUUUUUAGGAGUUGUCACUGUUCUUACACUAGGAAGAACAUAGACGAAAUGGAUGUUGGUGGGACAACGAUGUAAAUUCCCGUGAAUCCUGUUGUUCACUUUAAGCUGUUUUUGUUUUGUUUCUGAACAGGGUCUUUCUGUUGUUACAAGGACUUAUACUGAUAAUUAUUUUUCUUGAAUUUGAUUAAUUUUAAUUAAACUUGUCAAUGUUAAACAUUUUAAUGUUAAACCCUGACAAUAACCCAUUUCUAGCUUUUUAUGGCACGCCAUUUUUGUAUGUGUGCAGAUGAUUUAUAAGCAUGUCUGAUUUCCAGUAAUAAACCAGUGAUUAUAUGUUUGCAUCUUACGUAGCAGUGGGUGCUUUACAACUGUAUUUAAUUGAGGAUAAUGUAAGUGCCUGUAAAGAGCCAGUAAAUGGUAAUUAAGGGAUAAUUAUUGAACUUGGAGAAAUAUGACCUCAAGGAUGAGAUUUUUUGACAAAGCAUGUUGUGUAUUAGGCUGUCUUAUAUCAGGAGCAGAGACAGCAGGUUUAGUCUGAAAUCAAUGAAUUAGGUUUUGUCAUUUAUUUAUUUUACUACAAUAUUUUUGGAACCCAUGGGGAUCUCUCUAAAUGUAAAUGUGCAACAUAUCUCCUGCUUGUAUUCAGAACUUUGUGAGGUAGGUAUAGGGCAGAAUGUAAAUUAAGUGAACUUUGUUUUAAUCUGUUGGCAUAAGUGCAAUAUUUAUAUAUACAAUAUUGAGAGAAUAUAAUAUAUACACACACACAAAUAUACACAGUAUAUGUGUAUAAUUUGUGUGUUCCCACGAUCUGUGUGGCUUAUUGUAAUAUUGGUGUGUCUAUUUUGUGGUCUUAGCCAUGCAUUCCCCACCACUGGUGUAGCGUCUUCACAAAUGUGUAACCUAAUAAUAGUUUACCUUUGUUUUGAAAAUCAGCCUGUCAGCACAGGCCCACAUGAUUGCACCGUCCUCCUUGAGUCUGAAUAUGUGUGCAUGUUCCCAGAGUGCACAUUGCCUCUCUUAUGCAGUUGUAACCUGCUGAGUCCCAGUAUCUUGUUUUGGUCUACUGCAGAGGACAAAUAUUUCAAGUGUGUCUCCUACAUCAUAUAUAUAUACAUGCUGCAGUGCUGAAUACUAACGCACAUUUUAGAGGAAAUUCUGUACUUUUAAAUGAUGCCAUGUUUGGGGGUUUGACUUCUGGGUGUUUUGCAGAGUCUCGGGAGGGAAAGAAUGCUAACCAAUCACAGAAGCAUGAUCAGAUUCCCACAAAUUUUUGUUCUUAAGUUAACUUUCAGCAAGAUGUGAAAGGAACGAGACAGAACUUUUUUUUUUUUUCCUAUGAACUUCUUCAUUUUUGCUGUGUUUACAUAGCCUCUCAGAGAUUUAAGUGUUCGUUGACAUUUUUAAUGGCUGUUUUGUUGGGUUGCGUGGAUAUAUGUAUAUUGUUCACCCACUCGGUUCAUAUGGGUUAUCCUGGUCAUACCAGACCUUCUGUCACUCAAUGAGAAUUUUCCCAGAUGCUUGUAGUACAUGCUACUGAAAUUGUUGGGAUGUCUCUUCUGACUUGAAAUCACCAGUCCAAUGUGUGACUUUUAGUAAGGAACUCUCACUCUUUGUCUCUCUGGGACUUGGUGACAGUUUUAGGUGAAUACAUGGGCAAGUUCCAUUCAUCUCAAAUCAUGGCCGUGACCCUUCUGAAAAAUAAACUGUCAGCCUUAAAUGAAAUUGUAUAUUUUGCCUUUCGUUCUCUAAACACCUUAAAAUUUUUCAGUCUUGAUAAAA